ACUUUGUUCUGUGGAACAUAAAAGAGGAUAUAUUGAGGAAAGUGUUUUUAUGUCUAUAUUAUGGAAUUCAUUUAGCACCAAAACUGUCUGUUUACCAACAUUCUUCAAAAUAUUUUAUUUUAUGUUCCACAGAAGAAAGUCAUACAGGUUUGGAACUACAUAAGGUGAGUAAAUGAUGACAGAAUUUUAAUUUUUAGGUGAACUAUCCUUUUAAUAUGGCACAUGUAGCAUUUCUGCAUAAUGGCCUGUUUACUUUUUGCAUUUUUCCAUUAAUUUCUAACUCAUCUCCUUAAAUGAUAAGUGAAAUGAAUCAAAUGAUUGUGUUUUUACAUUGAUAAAUGAGACGUCUUGGAAAUGUUUUUGCUUGGUGUCACUUCAAUCGUUUGAGGUUUGCUGACUAAGAUGUCAGUGAUAUCAGAGGUUGUGGGCUGGAGCAUAUAUAUACACUUGCAAUGCAGACUGACAUUCAGUUUUAGUUUCCUGUGUUUAGAUGGAGUACACUGAUUAAGAUACACUGACUGCAAUAAAAAUGAGGUCUCUACAAAUCAUCUUCUUGUUGUUGGUUGUUCUUAGUCUCUGCAACCUUGUUACAAGUGCAGAUGUGAUCAAAUAUAAAGGUGACAAUUACACCAUUACGUGUCCUGCACCUAAAACAGAAGCAACGGGUGUGUAUCUGUACAGCCGACGUUUGGUCAAACGUGAAGUCUUCUACUACUUUUUCUCAACGGAAAAAAUAACUCUCCAUAAAGACUACGAAGAACGUCUCAAAGUCAAAAAUGACUUGAAGACUCUAACUAUAGACAUCUUUAAUCUACGACCUGAAGACACUGGGGCUUACUGGUGCACCUGCCUUGCUUUUUCUCUCUCUGGGAUAUGUACAAUGGAAGAGUCAGGGGUUUUUCUUUUGGUUCAAGAUCCGCCAGAGAUCAUUUCGGCCUCUUCCAAAAGCCCUUCAAAGUCCAGUGGCAUGAAUGAUUUACUGAUACCAGUGACAGCUUUGACAGCUGGCAGUGUGCUCCUACUGUUACUCCUUGUUCUAGGAGUGUGGCUGGUGCCCAAGAUGAAGAAAGUGUUUAGAAGUAAGAGAGAAGAAGACAAAAGGUCUGCCAAUGGAGUGUACGAGGUGAUGACCAUUCCCCGAAAGACAGAGUAUACAUGAGUUAUCUAUUUGACAACCACAUAAUUUCCUGUUGCUUAGUAAAUGUAGUUCAUGGUCAGUACAUACACAGUAUAUUCAGUGUGAUUUCUGUAUCAUAUUAUACAUGUUGCUGUGACUCAUUCAGACUUUCUUUGAGUUCAAUCUGAUUUGAGGUUGGUUUUCUGACAAAUUUCUGUUGAAAUAUGGUAAAACAUUCAAAGAUUCAGAAGAGUUCCUCUCUUCUAAAUGUCUUUAUUUUUUGGUUUUACUAAAUUCUUAGUCUUCUUCUAUUCUCUAUAAAUAAGAGUUAUUUUUGUGUGUUUUUUUUUUUUUUGAUAGCUAAAAUCCUUUAGCAUUAAAUGAGCGAUUCAGUUUGGGCAUCCUAUGUUUCGAUUCUCUUUCUAUGCAUUUGUGAGUUCUAAAUAUACAUAUAUUUGUAUCUUCUGACUUGUGUAAUGUAAUCCACUUUGGAUGUUGUCCUUAAAUGCAUGAUGUAAAUAUUUUGAUAACCUCGAUGUAUAUCUUCAGUAAUAAACACGUAAGUGUUUACAGAAAUAAUAGCGAAUGUAUGUCACUCUGACAAACAGGAUCUGAAAAUGUCCCCCCUAGUUUCAGUUUGUUUUUAUUUGCCUUGUGGUCUUGGGCCAUCUCUGGGGGCUUGCAAAAUCUGCUUGACAGAGACGAGUCUGCAGACUUCCUUCUGUGGUGUAUGUCAAGACACCUUUAAAGGAAAUCUGUCUCUCCUUCAGAGAAUGUCACCUCUAUUCUCACUUAGGUCCAUCUAAAUGUACAUCUUUUUCAAAGGGCUUUAUUCAGAUCUGAGUGGUGUUUGAAACUUCAAAUGCAUUUAGGGGAAAAACUUGUGAUAGUCUUACCAGAAACAAGAGGAUGUGUGAGAAAAUGUGUGGGUUCAAUUGCAUAGGCCUAUUUUUGAAUAUAAAACUACAUUUAGUGUAGUUUAGAUUGUACCUGGGAAAUGUCAUGUAGUUGCCGUCAGUAAAACUCCUUUUCAAGUUUUUUCUGGAAAAUAUAAAUAAAAAAAAGUAUAUCAUUUA